AUGGCCUCCGCCGCGACCGAGAUCGCCUCCACCAUACAAUCCGCUCACAUCAAAAAACACCCAUCUCCAGAACACGACAUCAACCCCUCAACCGCCGCGUCCAAAAAGCUCCCCGGGGAAGUCGAGACCAUCUCCCCUCCCCGGUCUCGCUCUCACUCCCUAAGCGGCUCCUCUGAGUCUACCAUCCCCAGCGACAUCAUCCGCCCUCGUCCACGGACCAGGUCAUUUCCUCCGAUCCCCGACUUCCGCUUCGAACAGUCCUACCUCGCGAGCAUCAAAACCGCGGACUCGAACUGGAGAAUCGCCUUCAUCACGAUCCGAGAUCAAGUGUUUUUGCCCCUGGUGCAGGGGAUACUGUGGAACUUGGUCAUGUUCGGAUGGCGUCACUGGAACCGUGGGAGUAAGUUCCAGGGACAGAGUUUGGGGGCAAAAGUCAGGAAGUGGUGGUGGGGGGUCAAUAAUUGGAAAAUCCCGGGGACGAUGGGGGCGGACGCGAAAGGGGUCAAGAAACAGAGUGACAGGCAAGUGCUGCAGAGGGUCGAGGACUUCUUCGUCGAUCGAUUCGGGACCAGUUUGGGGGAUUGA